UUCCUGGCUUGGUAUCCGCUAAAACAACGUCAGACCAGCAACACCUGCCGUAAACAUAUUUCACCACCUGCUGCCCCUCAUCGCAGCUGCACCACACCAGUACUUUACCCCGCCAAAACUUUUCUGGUCGACUGCUUUUCACGUCACCGAACAACGACGAACCCAAACAACUCUCUCGUCGUCGCCGUAAACAACCACACACUGCCUGUCUCGCGAAGGACCAUUCUACAAACGAUUCUACACACCUCACACAAUCAUCGAAAACCAACAACCCCGCCACAACCGCCACAAUGUCGCGGAUGAUCAACCAACCCUCGAACCAGAUCAAGCUGACCAACGUGUCCAUGGUCCGCCUGAAGAAGGGCAAGAAGCGCUUCGAGAUUGCGUGCUACAAGAAUAAAGUCAUGGAGUGGCGGUCCGGGAUCGAGACGGACCUCGACAACGUGCUGCAGAUCCCCAACGUGUUUCUCAAUGUCUCCAAGGGCCAGACGGCGCCCAAGGAGGAUUUGGAAAAGGCGUUUGGCAAGGGGAAGAGCACGGACGAUAUCGUGUUGGAGAUUUUGAAAAAGGGGGAGAUGCAGGUUGGCGGCAAGGAGAGGGCGGAGCAGACGGAACGGGUGCAUAAUGAGGUGAUUGGGAUCGUGGCGAGUCGGCUCGUGGACCCGAGGACGAAGAGGGUGUAUACGACGGGUAUGAUUGAGAAGGCGCUUGAUAUGCUGAGCUCUGCGGCGCACGGCGGGGACGGAGACGACGGGCCUGGUGGGAAGAAGACUGCUGGCGGAGGAGGAUCGAAGACGGCGAGCGGCGCGGGGACGCCGGCGGGCGGGGAGGAGGGCGAGGCGAAGCCCCGCGAGAAGGGGUUCCACUGGACGGGCGUGACGACGACCAAGUCGGCCAAGUCACAGGCGCUGGAGGCGAUGAAGGCGCUGAUUGCGGCGCAGCCUAUCCCUGUGCAGAGGGCGCGGAUGAGGUUGCGGGUGACGUGCGCGACGAGCGUGCUGAAGCAGGCUGUCAAGGAGAAGCCUGCUGCCGCCGGCGGUGGCAACAAGAAGGCAGGAGGUGACGACGAUGGGGACGAACCGAAGCAGAAGCCUGGCACUGUCAAGGAUCGGAUUUUGGGGUUCGUGGAGCAGGUGGAGAGCCAGGACGUGCUGGGCAGCGAGUGGGAGGUUGUCGGGUUCGUGGAGCCUGGCGCGUUCAAGGGUUUGGGGGAUUUCAUUGCGGGUGAGACGAAGGGGAUGGGAAGGGUUGAGGUUUUGGAUAUGGCUGUUAUUCAUGAGGAUUAAAAAAAGUCAGGCCUGGGUGAGACGGUGGUGGUGGCGAGGGUGGGCUUAUGCUGUUUCUCUUGUCGAUAUACCCCCUUUUUAGACGAAGGGUUUUCUUUCGUAGAUUUCGUGAUGAAAUUAGAUUUCACGACAUGAUCAGCCCUCCGGCCGAUGUGAGCGUUCCUGAGGAAAGUGAGGUUGGUGUUUACGAGCUGUUAUAUGAAGCUGGGCCAACGACGAAAACGAUACGUGUGAUCAUGGGACAAAUAUGGUUUGGUGACUAGUUGAGUUUGUCCUUUUGACGCAAUAUAUUCACGAAUAUCAUAAUCAAAUGGAGUCCCCAACCGAUUUUGGAGAGAGAGAAACUGCACAUUUAUACCGUUAAGCCACCAUCGAC